CGGACGGAGCCCGGGCCGGGCGGGAGGGCGAGGUCGGGCUCCGCGAGACCGGAACGCGGGGAGCGCGCGGGACGCAGCCCGAGGCAGGAGCUAGCCGGGCACCGGGAGGAGGAGGCGGCGGCGGCGCGCGCCAUGUCUUUCAGCGAGAUGAACCGCAGGACACUGGCGUUCCGAGGAGGCGGGCUGCUCACCGGCGGCGGUGGCUCAGCGAACAAUAACGCCAGCGGGGAGGCCUCAGCUUGGCCCCAACAGCCCCCACCGCGACAGCUCCCGCUGUCCGCGCCGCAGCACCUCAACGGGCGAGGGGCAGACGAGGAAGUGGAAUUGGAGGGCCCGGAGCCCCAGGACCCGGAGGCCUCCGCCGGCGGGGCCGCCGAGGAAGCACAGGAGCCUCCGCUGCCCCCGGACGCGGGCGGCCCCAGCUCCUUGGGCGGCGGUGCUGGGGGCCCUCUGCUAGCGGAGAGGAACCGUCGGACUCUAGCCUUCCGCGGCGGCGGCGGGGGUCUUGGCAACAAUGGCAGUAGUCGCGGCCGGCCCGACCCCCCGGCGUGGCCCCCGCGACAUUUCAAUGGGCGAGGGCCAGCGGCAGUGGAAUUGGAACUGGACGCGCUGGAGGGGAAGGACCUGAUGCCGGACGGCGCGUCCCUGAGCGACAGCACCGAGGACGACGAGGAGGGGGCGAGCUUGGGCGACGGCAGCGGUGCGGAAGGCGGCUGCAGCGGUAGACGGUCGGGCGGCGAUGGCGGGGACGAAGCGGAGGGAGGCGGCGUGGGGGCCGGUGACGGAGAGACUGUCCAGCACUUCCCGCUAGCGCGGCCCAAGUCCUUGAUGCAGAAGCUCCAGUGCUCCUUCCAGACCGCCUGGCUCAAAGAUUUCCCUUGGCUGCGGUACUGCAAGGAUACCGGCCUGAUGUCUUGCGGCUGGUGCCAGAAGACCCCUGAGGACGGCGGCGGCAGCGGCGACCUUCCGCCCGUGGGGCACGAUGAGCUGUCGCGAGGGACCCGCAAUUACAAGAAGACCCUCCUCCUGAGGCAUCACGUCUCUACCGAGCACAAACUCCACGAAGCCAACGCCCAGGAAUCAGAAAUACCUUCAGAGGAGGGAUACUGUGACUUUAAUAGUAGGCCAAAUGAGAACUCCUAUUGCUAUCAGCUUCUUCGACAACUGAAUGAACAGAGAAAGAAAGGUAUUCUUUGUGAUGUCAGCAUUGUGGUGAGCGGAAAAAUCUUUAAAGCUCAUAAGAACAUCCUGGUUGCAGGCAGCCGUUUCUUUAAGACUUUAUAUUGCUUUUCAAACAAAGAAAGCCCUAACCAAAACAAUACUACCCAUUUAGAUAUUGCUGCAGUUCAAGGUUUUUCAGUCAUCUUGGACUUCUUGUACUCUGGUAACCUGGUGCUCACAAGCCAAAAUGCCAUUGAAGUAAUGACCGUGGCCAGCUAUCUUCAAAUGAGCGAAGUUGUUCAAACUUGCCGAAAUUUCAUUAAAGAUGCCUUAAAUAUAAGCAUUAAGUCAGAAGCCCCAGAGUCUGUAGUUGUGGACUAUAAUAAUAGAAAACCAGUUAAUAGAGAUGGUCUGUCUUCAUCACGGGAUCAAAAAAUAGCCAGUUUUUGGGCAACACGGAAUCUUACCAAUUUGGCAAGUAAUGUGAAAAUUGAAAAUGAUAGUUGUAAUGUCGACGAGGGCCAAAUAGAAAACUACCAAAUGAAUGACAGUAGUUGGGUCCAGGAUGGUUCACCUGAAUUGGCUGAAAAUGAAGCCCAAGGUCAAACAAAAGUGUUCAUUUGGAAUAAUGUGGGCUCCCAGGGAAUUCAAGAAACUGGCAAAACAAGAAGGAAAAACCAAACUACAAAGAGAUUUAUUUAUAAUAUUCCACCUAAUAAUGAAACAAAUGUAGAAGAUUGCUCAGUGAUGCAGCCAUCUGUUGCCUAUCCAGAAGAAGAUUUGUCAUUCAUUAAGGAAGAACCAGAUCUGGAUGGUGCUCUACUCUCAGGGCCAGACUGUGAUAGGAAUGUGAAUGUGAAUGCAAACUUAUUGGCUGAAGCCAGCUUGGGUCAAGAUGGAGGUGAUGUUGGUACCUCACAUGAUUUCAAGUAUGGCCUAAUGCCUGGCCCAUCAAGUGAUUUCAAGUAUGGAUUGCUACCAGGUACUUCAAAUGAUUUCAAAUAUGGAUUGAUACCGGGUGCUUCAAACGAUUUCAAGUAUGGAUUAUUGCCUGAAUCCUGGCCAAAACAAGAAACUUGGGAAAAUGGUGAAUCAUCUCUAAACACGAACAAGUUAAAAUGCCCUCAUUGUACCUAUGUAGCCAAAUACAGAAGAACACUAAAAAGGCAUUUGCUUAUUCAUACGGGAGUCAGAUCCUUUAGCUGUGAUAUUUGUGGAAAACUGUUUACUCGCAGAGAGCAUGUAAAAAGACAUUCCCUGGUGCAUAAAAAGGAUAAAAAAUACAAAUGUAUGGUGUGUAAGAAGAUCUUCAUGUUAGCGGCCAGUGUUGGAAUAAGACAUGGAUCUCGACGCUAUGGUGUUUGUGUAGACUGUGCAGAUAAAUCACAACCAGGAGGGCAAGAAGGUGUAGAUCAGGGACAGGAUACAGAUUUCCCUCGGGAUGAAGAAUACGAGGAGAAUGAAGUAGGAGAAGCUGAUGAAGAGCUGGCUGAUGAUGGAGAAGAUCAGAACGACCCGUCUCGAUGGGAUGAGUCAGGAGAUGUUUGUAUGUCUCUAGAUGAUUAACUGGCCUUCUAUACUCCUCAAGGAUGCUGCAUUUGGACAUAAUAUGAAUCGACAGUUUGAAUUGUUGAACUUGAAGGCUUGCAAAAUAUGGUACAUGCUGGAUGAUAGUUUUGUUGCUGUGAAAACUGUAGGGUCAAAGCCUUAUAGCAAAAAAUUUUUUUUUAUAUUUGCACAGGACUGUACAGCAAACAACCUUGUGGUUGGAUUACAUGGAGUCCCAUAACUUCAGUCAUUUAUCAAAGUAAAAAUAUUUUUUAUUUAUAGGAUAUACAAUACUUCUUUGGGUCUUAUGAAAAUGGAGUACCUGUCCUUGAAAAGCUGACAUUCAUGUACCAGUUUAAUAUGAAUGAAGAAAAUCCAUUUAUGAGAAUACGGUGACAGUUGGCCCAAUUACUCUGUCCAUCAAACCACUCAGGCUAGUUUGUACUAGUAGAGUUUGUUUCUAUUUUUAUUUUUAUUAAUUUUAUUUUUUUAAUACAGAUUUUCAGUGAGGGGCCUUUUCAACCCCAUUGGUUGUACUUUUCUGUAUUUUCCAUUUUAAUUUGCUUCAUAAGUUAAACCAAGUCUCUUCUAGUCUUAGGUAUUUCUUAAUUUUGUGCUGAUGGGUAUGUUUAUAAGAACUGGAGAGGUAAUUUAUUGGAAUGAACUAACUGACUUCCUCCGUUUCCCCUUCCUUUUUGACAUGAAUUUUACUACUUCACAAAUGAAGAAUGAUGUUGCAAAGUUACCAUGGCGAAGUUGGCAAAUACCACUAAAUGAUUAUGGUUUUGAAGUAACUUUCUCCUGCUGCUCCAAUAUGAUAAAUGGUUACUAUAUGAUGUUUUCUGACAUGGUAUUUGGUUUUGGGAAUCUGUUACUUUGGCACUAUUCUAGUUUGCCUCUUUAUUUUUGCCAAUGUGCUAUACCUCAGUCCUAUUUGAAGAGACAGAAUCUAAUUGAAAGAAGAGUCAUAGAAACAAUAAGUAAAAUGAUUUAAGUUUAUCCUCCACGUCCAGUUUGGUUAGCUUGUUAUGCAACAUAAGUGACAUAUCAGGUUUUUACUCUUGUGCCCUUUUAUUAUUAAAAUUAACACAAAAAUUGCAUUCUCUUUUGUUUCAUACUUACUAGGAUAUUGUUUUAAAAUUAUAAAGACAAUUAAUUUUUCACAUUGAUAAAUAGUUUUUCUAAUAGUCACCCAGAUUCAGCAAUUUGCAGAAGUCUUACAAAUAAAAUAUUGAGAGGCUUUACAAUUUAUUAUUAAAUAAAUUUUUCAGGGUACAAGCCGUGAUGUAUUACAAAGUAGAAAUUGUCAGAUUUAUUUAGCCUGAUGAUAGAUGAAUUAGCUGAUUGUAAAACUCACAGCAGCAUUUCACAUAAUUAAUAUUAACAUGCACAACAUUUAUCAGGAACAUAUUGUAUAUUAUAUAAGAGUAAGGGAUAUCAUAUUUUCAGCUUUCUUUUAAAUAGAAAUUGAGUAUAUUUUCCUAUUUUAUAUCAGGUAACUAAAUUAUGCUAGUCAUGUGAGAAAAGUUGCAGAGUACACUUUGACAGACAUAAUUCUUUUGGUGCUCCAUCUGAUCAAAGUUGAAACAUUGAUACAUUUUAAGAGACGAGUUUUCUUGCUGUCUCUGAUUUCAGUAGAAUAAUGGUUAAAUGUUAGACACUGAUGUUUCUGCUUGGAUCAGUCAAAGAUGUAAAGUGUAGCUACAUGGUUAGAUGCAUCUUUCGUUAUCUAAACUUUAUUGUAGUUUCUACGUAAGUGUAAAACUGACAUGCAUAGUUUUGGUUUGAUUUUUGUUUAGGACUGAAGAGUAUAUCUUAUUCUCAGUGUUCUAGAUAAAUGAGUAAAAUGUAGUUCUGGUGGGGUCCAAAGUAGAUGUUUGUUGGGCAAAGAUACUAUGAAUGAAAAAGUAUUUUAAGCAUAAAAUGUUCUGCAUUGUGAAUAUGUAAGUAUAGUAUAAAGAUUUCUUUCAUACCAUUUAUCCCCCCUUUAAAAUAAACCAUAGUUUACAAUUGGUAGAUCUGUCUAUAUAUAAAUAUAUAUUAAAGAGAAAAGAUAUAUAUCUGAAAACCACCCUAAAUCUGCUUUAUUAGAAUACAGUUCACUUAUUGCAUAGAAACUGGACUUGGCUUUACAUUCUUAGUAUUUUUACUUUUCCAUAAGACAUGAACUUAUUCUCUUUAAGCUGAAUUUUCUUUUCCUGCUUAAAUCAUUUAUGUAUAUCUGGUAAAUUAUGACCAAAUUUUUGUUAGAUUGCAUAGAGUAAAUUGAAACACACACUUGGUACACUACGGGAUUGUUUUGCUUUUGUUUGAUUUUAGUUGGAAACAAGGGUUGAUGUAGAUGGCUUGUUACUAUUAAUUUAAAAUAUUCUAUAAUUGUCCAUUACCUUUUAUGUUGUGCUGUGACAGAUUUGGCUAUAUUUUUAGUCAACUGUAAUAUGAUACUUUACAAUUUUGUUUUUAGGAAGGUAAUCCAAAGGAAAAAUGUUUAUACUCUUGAAUAUAUUAGCCUCAGCCUAUAUAAAAAUUUCUUCUUUAAAGUAAACGUUUUGCCAGAAACAGAAUUGACAGAUUUUUCUACUUGCUGACUGCCUAACUUAUUUUGUUCCAUGAUCUUGAGGGACUGCCUUUACCCCUCUAGAUCUUUAAAAAAAAAAAUAGUUUUAGUACUAAGGUAUACUACUGGACGUUUCUAUUUUUUUAAGUAUAUUCUUUUUCUGACUUACAGUACAAUUUCAGGAAGUUGAUAAAUACUAAGAACUUAUGAUUGGUCUCUGAGGUAACAAUGGAAUACUCAUAAUUUUGUCUGUGGAGCCCUGGCAGAAUUAUGUGUUACACGUUUGCUGAAUUUUUCUCUUGUAACUUAUAUUUUAAAUGAAAAAUAUGUUAGAGCUUUUAAUUUUAAUGAAGGGGAAGAGUAUAGACUGUUUCUUUCCUAUUUGCUCUGUAGCAACAGACCCUCUCAUAUAAAUCAAGAUCUUGCAUUAUUUCUUGACCUUCUCAGAGACAGUUACCUCCAUAUAGUCCCCACUUUGUCAUUGUUUUUGGCCCUUGUUUUUCAUAUUCACUACAUGUUUUGCUAAAUUUAAUACCCUAGCUACUAAGCUGAAAGAAGAAGAAACAUAGGAAGGGGAACUGAACAUUCAUGAGUAGCUUUGAAAUUUAGGGGGAAAACACUAGCUGGUUUGGAUAGAGCCAUCCUAAUGAGAAGAGUGAGAUGAAUGAUUAAACUCAUGUGAAGUGCUUUAGAAUGGUACCUGGCAGUUUAAUAAUAGAUGUGAACCAAGAGGAAAAGAAAUGAGAAAGGGGGUAAAGGGGGAAAAGUAAGAGAUGAAAGGAUCAGGGCUUGGAAACUUCUCUUACUACAAUAUGUAAAGGCCUGAAAAUAACUGGAGCAGUAUAAUCAUGGGGACAGUAUGAGGAAUAUGGGUUUUAAAAAUCAUAAAUUUUAAACUUUGAUAAGCUUUAUUUAUAUUUUUAGGACUUUGUCAACAUAGAAUGAAGAGUUUAUUUUUCUGAAUAAUGAUUCCAAAAGCUACCAUUUUUUAGUGCCUACACGUGCCAUUGCGCUUUAUUUUACCUGUUCCCCUCUAAGGUAGGUGCUAUUGUCUCCAUUUGGAGGAAAGGCUCCAGAGCAGCCACCUGCUGUAACUUGCCUAAUGUAACACCGCCACAAGGGGCAGAGCUUGCUUUGAGCAGGUCUCAUCUGAAGCCCAGGCACUUUUUACGGGCUCCAUUGCUGCCUCCUUAAACCAUUUUUGUAGAAUUUCAGCUCUUUAAGGAGUCUUCUAUGGAGACAUAUUUUCUCUUUAAAACAGCUACGUUAGGAAUUGGAGUGUCUAACCCUUUCUCCCCCAAAUAUCCUCAGUGAUAUAGCCCUUGUUUUGUCAUCUGACUACAAAUAAGGUGCCCAACAGUGUGGCACAUGCUAUGAAUUGGCUGUGGCAUUUUCAUUUUUAAAUGGAUGGUUUUUAAAUGAAGAACUAAAUAUGAACCCCAGUUUUUGUGCCGUUCAGUCACCCAGAUCCUUAAACUUAUGAUACAUGCUACAGUAUACAUGCUUAAAACAGGUGAUUUUUCUUAGUCACUUUAGGAUUUAAAAUGGAGAGCUUUGUUCCUGCUGUAUCCCUGCUUUCAAAUGAAGUUGAACAGCUCUAGUUUAAGAUGUGUCAGGGAUAAGCACACAUUAAGCCCUGAAUUUUUUGACAUUGGGUACUUAAAUUUUGGAGUACACUGGCUAUUGAGAACAAAAUUUUGGGUUUAGGAGAGGGAUGGUUGAGGCCAUUAUGAAAUGGGAGAAUCAGCAUUUAAACACUGUAAACAUAAAAAGAACACUUCUGCCUGCUGUUUGUAAAAGCUCUUUGGAAAGAUCUUUUACGAAGACCAAUUUUUAAAUGUAAUUUACCUACCUAGUAUAAGUGUCCUAAGACAUGUAUGUAAACUUCCAAAACUGUUUGUCUGUGUAUUUAGAAAAUACACAAGAAUCUCUAUCAAAUCUAAAAAAUAUAAACUUGUGAGCACUAAA